UCAUCCAGCGGUGUGCACAUGAUCCGAAAGUUGAUGCAGUUUCUCUUCGUAUUGUUCCAAACAAAUCCCAGUUUUUUGAAUAUGAGUCACUUAGCUUUUACUGUGAGGAAAGUUUUCAUGGACAAGUAGUAUUUAAUAUGAGAGGGGAAGUAGAGUAUUGCAAGAAAACUAGUGAGGAAACAGCUGCAACAACAACGGACUCAAAAUGUACAAUUAAUCCUCUUUAUGUAAGUGACAGUGGAGAAUACUGGUGUGGGACAGCAGGAGGGAAGAGAAGCAACAAAAUCAACAUCACUGUUACUGCUGGUUCUGUGAUCCUGGAGAGUCCUGCUGCUCCUGUGAUGGAGGGAGAAGCUGUGACUUUAAGCUGCAGAAACAAGAUGACUCCCUCAGAGUUCAUGGCUGAUUUCUAUAAAUAUGGAGUCCACAUCAGGAACAACUCAACAGGAAGCAUGACCAUCCACAGAGUUUCAAAAUCUGAUGAAGGACUUUAUAAGUGCAGCAUUUUAGGAGUUGGAGAAUCACCAGAGAGCUGGCUGCCUGUGACGGCCAGUCACUUGGAGAUUUACCUCAUCUUACGGACUUUGUUAACCAUCAUGUUGAUGGCUCUACUGCUGCUGCUGGUGGGACUUGUUCACUGUGGAACAACUGGUGGGACAGUUACAACAACUAACUUGUAUUCACCCACAUGUAACUAUAAUUGUCAUGAUACAGGAAACAGUGCAGACAAUGAUAACGAGUAGUACAAAUAGAAAAAGACCUUUACAUGCUUCAUUAAUUAAUUAAUUUGAGACUUUUAUUUUGGUUGGUUAGGUUUCUAGAAGCAAAGAUCCCCACAUACUUUGUGCCAUAAAAGUGAUUAAUGAUAAUAAUACAAUAAAAAUAUGUAAUAAUAAGAUAUGUAUAGAUGUUUUAUAUGGAAAAAUAAUUCAUAAUGGUGUGUUGUGAUUUUAAGUGAAAAACUUUACUUUUUUGACAGCAGUCGUGAGUGUCUGUGUGUGAGUGUGCAAGUGUGCUAACACGUGUUAUAGCAUGCUUUUAUGGUUAUUCUUAAUUAAACUGCUUUUUUUGACAAAGCUUUUGUGACAAAAGAGGGCAGUGAAGAUGAGGGGGACUGAAGGCUGCAUGGACCGCUGGAAGACUUUAAUUCAUUUUAUUUGCAUUUGUUUAAUCUGAAAAGGGAACAUCACAAAGUGCAACACAAUUUCACUUGAGGUGGCCAUACCAUAGCAAGACUUUCCGAGAGUACAUCUUCAAACAGCAACCAGUCUGGACUGACAAGACAGUUUAGACUGAUGGUUCG